GAUCAAAUUGAGGUUAUAAAUAGACUUGAAAGUUGUAAACAAUAAAUAAAAGUAUAUUAUUAUAUCAAUACAGUGGUUUUAGGCAUUUGAGAUACAAGCUAAAAUGAAUAACUUCCUGUUUUUCAUAAUCACUGUGUGCGUUAAUUCAUUUACGCUGUUUAUUUUCAUUGUAUAUUAUGGAAAUUUGAUCGGUUCUUAUAAUGACAAAAUUAAUCAAGAAUAUGACUAUAUUAUUGUUGGAUCAGGCACAGCCGGUUCCUUGAUAGCACACAGAUUGGCUACGGAAACCAAUUUUACAUUCAUUGUAUUGGAGGCAGGAGGCCAAGGCAACCUGCUGUUUGAGAUACCUGUGUUGGGCCCCUUAUUACACGGCUCACCAUAUGAUUGGCAGUUUGAGACAGUGCCACAACAUAAUGCUUGUCUGGCUAUGAAAAAUAGGAAAUGCAAGCUCAUUCAAGGAAAAAUAGUGGGAGGCUCUUCAAAGCUCAACAACAUGGUACAUGUGAGGGGUAACAUGUCACAUUAUGUCAGUUGGUUUCACCAGGAACACAGUAAAGAGUAUAUAGAGAAACAGUUUGAAUUUGUUGAGAAACAGUUCCUUCACAUAGACAAUGUUUUAUACAAGAGUGAACUUGCUGAUGCAACAAUAAAUGCCGCUGUAGAAUUAGGUUAUGAAACUAACAAUGGACAAUUUACAAAUAGUAGACUAAGUCAAUACAAAGGUAAAAGAUGGUCUUUGUCUGAUAAUGUUGACAGUAAACAUAUAGUCACAAAUGCUUUAGUUAGUAAAAUUUUGAUUAAACAAAAUGUAGCUUAUGGUGUGAAAGUAUUGAUGUUUAGAAAAGAGAUUGAAUGCUAUGCCAGAAAAGGAGUGAUAGUUUCAGCUGGUACUUAUAACAGUCCCAAACUCUUGCAAUUAUCUGGGAUUGGACCUAAAAGUUUAUUAAACUUGUUAGAUAUACCAACAGUGCAAGAAUUGCCAGUAGGUGAAAACUUACAAGAACAUGUAGCUACAGGCCUUGAUUUACUCUUAUUCAAUCAUUCUUUAAGAGUAAAUGCUUUAAAUGUUCUUAAUCUUAUGAAUGUUUAUGAAUACUUUAUGAAUGGCCAGGGGCCCUUUACAUCCCCUGGUUGUGAAGCUGUGGGUUUCUUAUCAACUAAGGGAGAAAAAGAACCUGAUUUGCAAUUUAUGGUUUUGCCCGUAGGAAUAGUGUCAGAUGGAGGCAGCCAUUUGAUGAAAUUAUUAGGGUUAAAGGACAAAGUUUGGGAUAGUUAUUUUACUAAGUUAUUUGACAAACAUACAGCAACUAUUUUACCUAUAGUUUUACAUCCAAAGAGCAAAGGCAAAGUUUACAUAAACAGUAGAGAUCCUAAUAUACCUCCACUGAUUGAUCCAAAGUAUUUUGAGGAAAAAGAUGAUAUAGAUGUUUUGAGGAAUGGUGUGAAGAAAGUUCUACAGUUUAUAAAUACACAGGCAAUUCAGGAUAUAGGUGGAUUUGUCAAUACUUUACCUUUCCCAGGGUGUGAGACAUAUGUUUUGUUCUCUGAUGACUAUUUAGAUUGUUAUAUAAGACAUUUGUCUUUGACUAGCUACCAUCCUGUAGGUACAUGUUCCUUGGGCCUUUCUAGAUCAAAUUCUGUAGUUGAUACUUCAUUUAGAGUACAUGGUGUAAGAAGGCUGUAUGUGGUGGAUGGUUCAGUGUUACCAACACUACCCAGUGGCAAUAUUAAUGCUGCUAUUGCUAUGAUGGCAAGCCUGUUUUUCGAUAAAAAUAUAAAAAGUAAAAACAAUGAUGUAUGUUACAGAGGUGACAUAAUUUAUGAAUAUAUUUAUUCUGUUUGUCCACGAGCAAAUCUGUGAUAGUAUAUAAUAAUGCAAAUAUGUUUUGAAACUUUAUUUUGAAGUAUUAAGGACACUUCUAACAUGAAAUAUUUGAUAUUACAUGACAUUUUGAUCCAAAAUUUCAAAACAACCAUUUCAAAUCUCAGGUAAGACAUCCAACUACAAAAGUAUUUCAAUAUCUAAGACCAGUGAUCCUCAAUAUACACGGUGUAACAUGAGGAAACCGAAAGAUUUUAAAGUGUAUUCCUGAUCACAUUUAAACUUCAUAUAAACUUUUCUGGAUUUCACCUAGUUUCAGAGUUAUUAUCAAUUAAAAAAAAAUCAUCUUCUUAUUGUAACUUAGUGCAAAACGCCUUUUUGAUGGCUAUGAUGAUGCCCUUGCCUUGACCGUAGUCUAAAUGUCCUUAUUGAUAGAUGACAAAAGUGACAAGUAACCUUUGCAAAAAGUAGGUGUUACAAAAAAAUCUUAAAAAAACAUUUUCAGUGCCAGUUUUAACAUAACAUUAACUUUUUAUGUACAAAUACAUUUAAAAAAUUGAAAAAUAAAAUAAAUAAUUUUUUUUGACGAAAUUUACUUACACUCAUAUAACAUUUUUUGGCCUCAGAAGUGCGUGGUUAAAAUCUUUCAGAUUCCUCGUAUUACACCGUGUCUCUUAAACAUCAGUUAAACACUUGAGACCAAUUGUGACAAACCGCUGGCCUUGAUGACAUGACAUGUCAGCUAUAUAAAACAUUUUUAUUGUUUCACAAUUCACUAAGACAUCUAAGAAUUAUUAUUACCUAUUUAAGUAAAACGUAUUAUUCAAUACAUAUUGCAAUGACUAGACACAAAUUACUUCUACGUAUAAAAUUCUGCUUUCUAUUCAGUUAUGCAAGAGAAUAUAGGAUUAGCCAACUGCAAAAAUAUCUACUCGAAAAUAUGCUCUAUUUUAAUGUCAAUAGAGUCUUGUGUUAAGAUAUUUUUAUUAGUCUGAAAAGUAAAUAUUUUUGCAUUUAACUGUAAGUACAUUCGUAUUUUGUUACAUAUUUUAGUCCAUUUAUCCACAUUCUAUACAGUUUUUUUUUUUUAAAGUAGAAAUGUCAAAUAAGAAUUUUCAAAUAUGAAGGUAACAGUUGCCAUGCUUUGUUUAAAGAUUUAAUUUUGAGUGUUAUAAAGAGCAACCCUAUUCAAGUUAAGUUUUCGAUCUUUUAAAUUCAUUUUAUUCUACUUCAUAAUAAUAGCAAUCAUAAUACUGAAUAGACAAAUCAUUAGGAAUAUUCACAACAUCUUUUCAUUUCCUUUACUAAACUAUUGACUUACAAAACUUACAUUAAAGUAAGUAAUAACUAGGUACUUAUAGGCACAAAACUCUACUUUAUAAGUGCAAGAACACACAUGGACGGAAAGGUGUAGGUACCUACGUUAAAAGUUAUUGCCUAAUUUACAAUGUUUAGUUAAAAAAUACACGCAAUAAAAAUAGGCAUCUACUAACAGAUACAAACUCAGCUGACCAUUUGUACCUAGAGAUAAUAUUUUGUCAGGUUGAUACAUUAGUUAGGUUGAUAUAGUAGGUACAAGGAAUCUGGCUUGAUAAUAUGUAUUUGCUGAGCUACUUUCUAGUGCCAUUAUUUCCUAGCCAGACUAAGGCAGCUGUCCAACCGGCAACAGGAUAGACUUGGAAUCUACAUACACGAAAAUUUAAAUACAAUUUUUUAUAAGACGUCUGAAGUUAGCAAGCUCAUAUUUGUCAAAAAACAUUCGGACAGUGGUGCCCGAAUUGAACUGUCUUUUUUUUAGGAAAAAACUAUUUAAACUUACGUAUUUUGCGCUAGUAAAAUAAUCCAUCCAAUUCCAGCCAUUCAAAAGUAAAUAUAAGGCCGUUCAUAUAAUGCCGAGCGAACAUGCGCACCAACGAAGAUGUGCACAAACGCCAUUUGCGCACCAACGAACUGUGAUAAAGUGGGCCACUUCGUAGUGCCCCGUCAAUGGUCAAAGUCAAUGGUCGCCUAUCGGACAGCUGCCUAAAGGGAAAAGCAAGUACAGCACACGCUAUUGGCACGCAAGUCUGUAUAAAUCCGAAUAUCCUUCCACUCCCCCCACUCCUAUCCAUUCUCCCCCACUGCGGCGCAUGUCCUUGCUAGACGAUUAAUACAAUUUUCGCAACUCUCCAACGUGGCUCGAAUCGUCUGUAUCGUACUUACACAGCGUUUUGCACAUUCGUUUUAGGUGUGCGUGCAAUAAAUGUUGACUAAAGAUUUAAGAAGUAUCGUGAACGUGCCAUAUUGACAUUGACUUUGAAUUCAGAUUACCCACUCCCCCUCCAGAGAUGCCAAAUAGUUCCAUAUUUGUUUUUUAAGUUCACGAUAGCAAUAUGAAUAAAUUGAAAUUAUAUUUGA